AUGUAUUCUUUGAAAUUUUAUAACAAAAUAAGACAUUAUAGUUUAGGGAGAUUAUCAAGAAGAAAUCUAUACACAGAAUUAAAUAAUAUGGAUGAUUAUUUAAAAAAAGUAAAUGGGGAGAAACUAGUCGUAGCUCAAUUUGGAGCAUCAUGGUGUGCACCUUGUAAAAAAAUGAAGCCAUUAAUUAAACAGUUAGGAGAAGAUAAUGAAAACAUUGAAACUUUAUACAUAGACAUUGAUGAAUUUCCUGAACUAGGAGAAAAUGAAGAUAUAAAUGAGUUACCAACUUUUUUAUUGAGGAAAAAUGGAAAAUAUUUAGAUAAGAUUAUAGGAACGAAUGAAAAGGAAUUAAUUAAAUCAAUUGAAAAACAUCAAAAAGAUUAA